AUGACAGCCCUGCCUUUACCACGACAUGCCCUCGAGGAAAUGGCCAGAGAGACAAUCCACGAUCGCAUCGUUGGCUGUCUCUUUGGAUCGGCCCUGGGCGAUGCCAUAGGCCUAUACACCGAGUUUCUCUCUGCAGACUCGGCCCGUCUCGCAUAUCUAUCACAGAAAUUCACCCUCUGUCCUCCAUCUGAAGCCACUCCCUUUCGACGAGACGCGCAUCGGAAUCCCAAUGUCCCUGGAGAAUGGACAGACGACACCGACCAUGCCAUGUGCAUACUGCUCUCCUUCUUGCACAAGGAUGGAAAGGAAAUGGAUCCGCUGGACUUUGCUUCUCGCUUGCACGUCUGGGUUAGAAUGGGCCUUCGCGCGCUGGAUACUCUGCCAUUGGGCCUGGGGCACACUGUGGGCGCGAUUGUUAGGAAUCAGGCAUAUCUCAGUGAUCCAGAAGGCACUGCGAGGAAACACUGGCAGCAUACGAAAUACAAGGCUGCGCCCAAUGGAAGCGUCAUGAGGACACACCCGCUAGGACUCAUGUGCAUCAACAAGACUCUCGACGAAACGUUUCAGGUUGCUGCCGACUAUUCUGUCGUCACGCAUGUCGACCCCAGAUGCAUCAUUUCAUGUGCCAUCGGCACAGCGCUCAUCAGAGGCCUUGUGCGGCAGGAGAUUUACAAGGAGGAGCAUAUUGACGACAUUGUUGACAAGGGAAUCGCAUGGUAUUCCGCAUACCGCCUGCGCCGAAUCGAAAAAGAUGCCAGUUGUAAAGACGAGCCAGAGUUAGACGUGGAGGAGCUGAACAGGCACGCCAAAGCCAACGACCUUACUGAGCUCGAGCUCGACGACAUGUACAAGAUUGGAUACACAUACAAGACUUUUGGUUCAGGCGUUCAUCUGCUGCGUCUCGCUAUGAGAAAGAUUGCUGCCGCAGACAGCAGUCUUUCCACACGAACGUCUAUAUUCGAGACCCUCAUCACCGAUCUCAUCAUGCGGGGUGGCGAUGCCGAUACGAAUGCGUGCUUUUCCGGUGCUCUCCUCGGUGCAUAUCUUGGCUACAAAGUGCUUCCGUCACAUUGGAGAGAUGGCCUGAAACACGGCGACUGGCUCAUGACGAAAGCAGAGGGGCUGAGCAUCCUGUUAGGAGUCGGACAAGGCACAUAUAGCGGUUCGGAGGACAAGGAUACGGCGCCUGAUGGAGGUAGGGGAUGGCUGACGGAGAGCCAGUUAGAGAGAAAGGUGAUGAUGCUGCAGGCUGAUAUGGUCAAGAGAGGGCAAGAAAGGGAUAGGCAGGAAGAGGCGGAAAAGAAGCGAGCAGAGAAGAGGCGGACAGAGAGAAAGAGGGAAAAGAGAGGAACGUGGCUGGGUGGACGAGGCUGA